AUUUGCGUUCUAAAGUGGUUGUUGAGUAUUGACGCGUUGCUAUGAAACCGUUAGCCUUAUUCUGGUCUACACUUCUAUCCGCAGCUAAGAAAAAGACACAUGUCAUUUCACUCAUAUCGCUUUUUAAAAGUUGACUUGAAUACGCAGUAAAUGUGGAAUCUGGUGAUAAUUGUAUGGUGAACUAAUAGACAAUGAGUGAAGAGAGUGAUCUGGAUGUCUUCAAUAGUGUGGUUCAGAAGAGGAAGAGGUCAACACGUCGAAUAGAAGACUCUGGCAGUAGUAGUGAUAGUCCUUUCGAACAGCGCCGAGCGCACAAAAGAGUUCUAAGAGUUUCCAGUGAUCCUGAAAGCAGCAGUAGUGACAGUGAUGAGCUUCUGGAAACAUCUGCUUCAAGUGUACAGCAAGUUGUGAAUGAUGGAGAUGACACUAGUGAUGAAUCAGAUUCAGAUUGGGAGGAUGAUGAAGAGGAGGAAGAGGAAGAAGACAGUGAAAGUGCAUCAGAAGAGUAUACCAGCACAAGCUCUGAUGAGAGCAGCGACUGUUCUGAUUGGGAAAGUUUGGAAGAGACAGAAGAAAGAUCAGAGGAAGCUAGUACUUCCUCUCUGAAGCCAGGUGCUGCUUCCGCAGUUGACAGUUAUGCAAGCAAGGCUUGUGAUGGCACUGCAACGUCUGGUGCCUACAUGUCAGAUAGCAGCGAUGGACAGUCAGAAAAGUGUCCCAUUUGCUUGCGCAGUUUUACCGUGCAAGAAAUUGGGACUCCAGAAGCUUGUGAUCACAGUUUCUGUGUUGACUGUCUGCAGGAAUGGUCAAAGAAUGUUAAUACUUGCCCAGUAGACCGACAGAUGUUUACUUUAAUCCUCGUCCGACGCUGUCUUGGAGGAAAAGUCAUCAGAAAAAUCCCCGUGAAACCACCAAGACAGCAAGAGGAGGAUGAAGUUCAGGAGGAUGCAACAUACUGUGAAGUAUGUGGUCAGUGUGAUCGUGAAGACCGCAUGCUUCUUUGUGAUGGUUGCGACCUUGGCUAUCAUCUUGAGUGCCUGGAUCCUCCUAUGGAUACUGUACCUCUGGAAGAAUGGUUCUGCCCUGAUUGUGCUUUCUCAAACUCACUCCAGAUAGCAGAAGAGGUUGACAUCCAGGAUGGCGAAUUAAUGGCCCUUCUGGAAGAUGCACCUGCUUGGGGGCUGCCUCCACUUCGUCCACGUGUGUCACGUCUGCUACCCCGAACAAGGCAGAGUGAACGUGUAAGAGCCACAAUGAUGACUCGUCAACGACGACAAAUGGAAGGGGAACAGCAGAGGGAUCCAGCUCAACCCUCAACUUCAUCAGGCAUUGAUUCUUUGGAGGCUGAUAGCAGUGCUAGUAUUAAUAGCGUCAGACAAAGGCCCGUGACUAACACAACCAGAACAACAUAUAAGCGUAGGAAAAUAUCAAGACACAAGACAGCUAGGAAGAGAAGUACGAAGCGUAAAGGAACAGGAACAAAGAAGUCCAAAAGAACCACUUCAUCUACAAAAAGCAGUUUAAAUAGGAGUUCCAAAAGGAGGCAUAAGAAAAGGAGAAAAAUUAAACGAAAGAAGAGAAAAGCCACAGCUCACAGAGUAAGAAGACCUGCUAGGAUAGUCAUGCCCCAUUCAGUGAAAGGACGCUUAGCUGAGCAUCUGGGAGUGUGUCCACCAAGGAGGCCAGGCCAGACAAUACCUGAUGUUCGUCCUCGAAUAAGUUCAACUCGAAUUGACUUCCAGCGGAGUAGAGCUGGCAUCCCUACGUUACACUUGUUUGGUCAGAGAGACCAACUUGAUUACUUUUCAUCUGGAUCUGAUCAUGAAAUUGAUGGCAGUUUUGGUGGAAAUGUGUCUUUCGUGGCACGUCCUCGUACAUCAAGUACCCGUGCAGCAAGAAAUAUUAUCAGUAGGAAGCAGGUAUUUCCAUCAGCAAACCAUUCAGUUUCUGCCAUCCAUUCAACAAGUGGCAACCUGGCGGCUGUCCCUAUGGACAGUGUGUCAGAUAGAGCAUCUUCUGACCUUAUUGGCAGCAUACUGAACAGUCAAGCAGUGUGGCAUUCCAAGAAGUCUGUGGUUACUAUCAAUCGUGAUGGAAGUCUGCAUAUUAAAAGUGAUGGGAAAAGUGGGGCUUCUAAAAGGAACACAGAAAACAGUGGUUUAAAUAACAUUCGUGGUGUGAGUAGAACUGAGGAAGGUUUGACUGUACGAACAGAUGACAGACUAUCACAGAUCAGUGGUGGUGAUGCAGUGGUGAAUGUUAGUGAAGCUUCUGCUACUUCUGGACAUAUUACCCAGGCACCAAUGUAUCCUGGUCGCAGUGGAAGUGGCAGUGCCAGACCACCCACUGGUGGUAAUUUUCAGCAAUUUGGAGGUAAUAGGUACAGUAGUAACCCCUCUUACCAUGGUUAUCAGAGUGGUCGUGGGUAUUCAAACUUUCUUCCGCCAUCAAGUUUCGACUCUCGUGGAGCACGGGCAGGAUAUGCAAACUAUUUGAACAGUGGACCCCCGCUACCGUUCAGGAGUACUCCGCUCAGGUUUCGCGUGUCCCCAAGGUAUCCUAUCCGCAGGCCACUAAUGCCCCCAGUCAGACCACAAAUUCACCAACAGCAGAUACAGCAAAUACCUCCAAGUAAUGUGGAAGAGUUCCAUCCUGAACAUGAUAGCUCUGAAAAUCAGAAACUUCACACAAGGCCAGAAGAUGAAGACGAGAUAGAUAUAUAUAGUGAUAUUGAAGUUGGGGGUGGAUCUGGUAGUGGAGGGCGAGGGGGUGGAGGAUCAGAACCUGAUGAUGGUGAUAGAAGUGUGGAACUGGGUUAUGAAGCCUUGCCUCCUCCUCCUAUACCUCCAGCGAUGCUCAUGGGGAUGGGUGGGGAUCCAAUGAGUGACGAAGAACCAGGCAGUGAUAGUGAACUCGUGAUAGAUGACAACAUUGCACCGUCUUCUCCUCCUGACAGCUCAGAUCGAUAUGAUCCAGAAGAAGCUACUGGUAAACCAGAAAUACCAGAAUCUGAGAAGUAUGAUCCUGCAGAACCAUCAAAUGACACUGAUGAAGAGGAAGAGGCUGCCAAAGCCAUUAUCCCUACUCUUCCUCCUCCCCCUCUGCCUCCUCUUCCUGACACUUGUGCUGCAGCGAGUAGCUCCCAUCUCAUUGCUCAUUCCUCAUCCAAUUCCAGUGCAAGCUACUUGCGUUCCCCAACCUAUGGAGAUAGUUCUGUGUUGGGGUCUGAUGCGAAACUCACUGUUGACAGUGUCUCACAAGCUGUGCAAGAAGUUUUGAAAGAUCGUCUCACAGAAGUCUCUUCCAUUGUAAGUAGGGAAUUGGGGGCUAUUGCUGAUGAGCCUUCAGAAAGACAUUCAUCAGUAGAUGAUGAUGAGGAAGGUGAAGAGUGCCCAAAUUUUUCUAUUUACUCGGCAGCAAGCAUGGAUAUAGCUAGAAGGGCUGGAGAAGAUGACGACAUUCCUGUUCCCAAGGUCAGUAUGGAUUCUGAAAGGGCUGAGGAUGCAAGAACUGAUAGUGAUGAUGAGGCAGAAGAUAAGAAUUGCCUACAAGAUGUUGAAGAUGAGAAUAGUAAUCUCAGCAAUGGUGAAGAAUUGACUAGUCAUCAGAGAGACUCUGACAGUUCUGCCCAUAAAAGGAAAGGUCCCAAAACUGCUGCAGGACAAGAAGCUGAACUGCCUGAUAAUCCUGAAAUCGUUGAUAUGGAUGAGGAAAAUGAGAACUGGAAAGUACAUAAAGUGGCUGAUAAGAUUCAAGAACCAGAAGCUAUAGUAGGAAUUAAAAAAUUAAGCUUAGUAGAAGAGAUCUUUGGAUCAGAUGAUAAUGACAGUCUUAUUGGAGGAGCAACAUCUGCAGUUUCAGCAGCUACUGUGGACAAUGUUCCUCAGACCUCUGUGACUCCACUGGGUUUGGAGGGCCUCGAUACAGAGACCAUAUCAGAAACGGAAGAAGCUAUCAACUUUGAAGAUGACCUAAGUCAGGAAGAUGGUUUCUUGACUGCAGAAGAAGAUGGUGAAAUUCCUUGUGUCAAAAAGAAAAAGAAGAAGAAAAAUCGCAAGCCUUCUCUUGGAGGCAGUGCUGGUGACGAAGGUACAUCAGCAAAAGAUCACACUCCACAGGAUGUAAUAGAUUAUGAAGAAGGUGAGAUUGUUGAUGACAGGCCAAAACUGCAUGAAGCAGUAAAGAAGGAUAAAAGGAUAUCAGAAAAGAAAGAAAAAUUGAAGUAUGACAAGGACAUUCAAAAGAACGCUGAUGAGAAUUUUGAUAUAACUGCUAAGACCAAAGUAGUAAUUUCAGAAGAAGAGAAGAAAAAGAAGAAGAAAAAGUCUGUUGCUGACAAGAUCAGAACAUCAAAAGAGAGGGCAAUACUGAGCAGUAGUGAAAAUAAAGAUAAAGUCAAGGAGAAAUCCAGUAAAGGAGAUGAUGCAAGUAUAGCUUGGAAAAAGUUAUCAAAAAGUUCCAAAGAAAGAAAUUAUCGUGAUGCAAAGUCAAAACCUGAUUCCGAACCUUCAAAAGGAAAAGAGGUGGGUAAAAAGAAGGAUGCUGCAGGUAAGGAUGGUGCUGGUAAGAAGGAGAAGAAGAAGAAAGAGAAACGCAAAGACAUGGAAAGAUAUGAUGUCCGUAAAAUUGUUACUGAUAAAAAGCGAAAACGCAGAGAUGCGUUUGGUCGUGAUUUAUCCAGAGAACGAUCAUAUACAAAAUCUCGAUCUAGGUCACGUGGAAGAUCAUAUGACAGGUCCAGAGGAAGGUCAAGAUCACUAUCCAGGUCCAGAGUAACUCGAUCUAAAGGAAGGUCACCACUGAAGUCAAGAAUUAGAUCACGCAGUAGGUCCAGGCUCAGGUCAAGAAGUAGAUCUCGAAUUAGAUCAAGAAGUCGAUCCAAGACUAGGUCAAAAGUGAAAUCCAAGGAUAGAUUGCGGAAAAGUAGAUCUAAAGAGAAACAGCGUUCAAGAGUUAGUAGAAGUAGGAGCAGGGGCAGGAGGACUCGAUCCAGGAGUCAGAGCAGAUCAAGAAAUAGGUCACGUCUAAGAUCACGAAGUAGGUCCCCUGUACGAUCCAGAGAUAGAAGAGACCGAAGCCGCGACCGGAGAGAUUCACAAAGAUGUAGGUAUCGAGACAGAAGAUCCUGGUCUCAUUCAUGGACUCCAUCUUGGUCACGAUCUCGUUCACUCUCCUGUUCGUCAUAUUCCCAAUCUCACACUCCAUCUCCUAGGCGCUUUAAUCGCUCCUAUACCCAUUCUUUCUCACGGUCAUGGUCACGAGAACGAAGUGAAAGAAUUUCUGUUAUUGAGAAAAAAUCAGGAGCAAUUUCAAAAACCGCCAAGAAAUUAACUGUGAUUGUUCCUAACACUAAGGAUGAUUCAGAGAGACAUAGAAAGAAAGAGAAAAAGAAAAAGGAAUCAAAGAAAAAUAAGGAAUUAGUUACUGCUGUAGAAAAGAGGAAGAAGAGAAAGGAAAAAUCUCCUGCUCCUUCAAAAGAAGUGUUCACGUCAGGAGAUAAUAUUUUGGUUAGUGUAAACUUCAAAUCCAAUAAAAGUGCUGGUAGCAAAGAUGUGUCAGCUACCAGUGCUGCUGUUGCAGUAGCAGCUAAGGAUCCAUCAAAAAGGAAACAACAUGAUGGUUCCUUUGAAAUGGACAGAGAAUCAGCAAAGAAACUUAGGAAAGAUAAAGGUAACAAAGAAAAAUCUUCACCACGUCAAAAAAAUGGUGGUAUUGGUGGUGAUAAAGCCACAGUUCGUUCUGGGGAGAAGAAAUCCAAAAAGGGUGCACAGAAAGCUGGAAAUAAAGCGUCAAGAGUAGCAGCCCUCAUUAACAAGAAACCUGUUGCUAUUAUAGACCUAGACCAGUCACCCUUUCAUGAGCAAACACCAUCCCCAACAGAUCUCAUAGUUUUGAGUGACAGUGAGGAAGAAGGCAUGGCUAAGGAGAGCGUCAGAGAAGAACUGGAUGAUUCAUUGAAUAGCCAUAGAACUAUGAGGCCAAGCAGUUCCAGCCCAAAGUCUUCUUCAAAACAAGGUGUUAGUACUGCUCCAAGUAGUACAAUAGCGCGUACCCCCGAAUCUCAAUCACCACCAAUGAAUGCAGUUGGUAGCUACCUUGUAACUAGCACAGGGCCCAAAACUCCACCUGAGCCACAAAUCAAGUUCUCAAUUGCAGCGAAACCACAGCUACGAUCUAUUAACAAUCCUUUGAGAGAAGAUGAAGAGGACAUGUUGGCUGAAGAGGCUGGGCUUGAUGAUUUAGAAGAAAGGAUAGAGGAGGAGUUGGAUAGGGGGCUUGACAGGGGAUUGGGGGAGAUGCUUCAUAAAGGUCCAAACACACCCCCCGAACCACGUGGUCCAACAACCCCAUGUUCUCCACCCACUUCUCCUGAUGCAUAUGAUCCAUUUGAUCCUACAAAAUCUGGGACACCAUCUCCAGUGGGGGCUUGUGCCAGCAUGGAUGGCCCUCCCAGUCCUGUCCAUACACCCACAGAACAGAUGAUACAACACAGUGUAAUAGAUCAGGAAUCUCCUGUGGUUAGUGAUUUAGAAGAUCUAGCCAGUAAGUCUUUGGAAGCUAGGGUGACAACCCCAACAAUGGUCUCUGCAGAAGAUGUAGCAGAUCAGUCAAGUCAGUCUCCAGAAAGAUCGAAGAUGUCUGUGCGAGGUGAUACAACUGUGGCAAGCUCACCUUCCAUAGUACCUGAAACGACAUCUUUGCCUCCUCCAGUAUCAAGCGAUAAUGAAAUUUCUCAGCCCUGUGAAAUGGCUGAAGGAUCAGAGAAGUCAAAACAGAUAUCAAUGACUUUGCCUCCUCCAGGAGCAUCAAUUACGUUAAUUGAUCCUAACACUGCUCAGUCACCAGAACAUAGUAUUCCAGUAGUAAUAACUUCACAGCAACAAAAUAUACAGGGAACUCCAGUGAAACCCCAGCUUUUUCCCACCACAAAUGUGAAGCAGGUAACUCCACAGCAACCCAUAACUUCCACGCCAACACAUUCUGCAGCUCCUGCUCCAGUAUUUCCAACUCUUACACCAGCUAAUUUAGCAAGUAUUCUGUGUACACCACCACCAUCAACCUUACCUCUAAGUCGAAUGACUUUGUUUAACCCUCCUACCAUGACAGUUCCCCAACUGAUGGUACAUCAUCAUCCACAGCAGCAACAACAACAGCAACAGCAGACUCCACAACAGCAUCAUCUUAUUGGUUCACCAAUUAUUGUGCAGCAGAGGCCAAUACCUAGCAUUGCAAGAACUACACCUGAAAAACUGGUUCCUCCAUCUGCAAAGCUUCCUCCAGUCAGAGCAACAACAGUGCAGAAUGGGGAGCAGCAGACACAGGUUUCACAAAAACAGCCUCAAGAUACAACAACAGACGUAGUAGACAUGGACCUUGAGUCGCCAUAUUCACCUGGAUCCAGUGAAGGAGAUGAUCUGUUUGAUCCACCAACAGAUAUGAAAUCAAGUGGUACAGCCACGUCAUUUACUGCCAUGGGUAAUCGAACAGUGCCACAGACUGCUAAGAACUUAAAUAAAUUCCCACCACCACUUGCAGCAAUGCUCCAUAAAUCUCCUAGUAAGCCUCCUGCCAAUCAAGACAAAUUUGAUUCUAUAUUUGGUCUUUCACCUCUGCGUGCCGGCAAAACGGCUCCUGCCCGAACACCUGGACGAACCACUUCCAAGGCUCAUCAUGUUAAGGGUAGCAAAGCGAAACUAGGAAAGCAUGACAAGAGCAAAAGCAGCAAAAAAGAAAUUUCAAUUAAGAUGGAUGAAGACCAACUACAAAUUUUAGAUGAUUUGCCCAGCUCUGCGGUAGAAUUGCAGGUGAAGGACAAGAUAUGCCAUAAUAGAUCAGGCGAAAUCAAUCCCAUCAAGAUCAGCUCUCUUGUUGAAGCUUAUGUCAAGAAAUAUAGAUAUGUAAAGAAGAAGAAUGCUAUAGCAGGAAAGGCAAAAAUGAACAAAACAACAAUGUGGAGCUGAUCCUAGUGUGCAAAUCCUGGUAAGUAGGUCUUCAUCAUCCCCACUCAGUUCUGCUCUGAAGAAUUUUGUACUUCUGAUCUUUCAUCUGUUCAGCAGUCUACAAACUGCAUAGUCUGCAGAAAUUUUACUUCACAGAAUUUGUACAUAAAAGAGAAUAAUAACUGUGCUUAAUUUUCUUCGGCUAUACAAAGAUAUGAUUAUAUAUCGGGAUUUGAGUUAUCAUGUUUAUAAGUAUUCCAGAGGUGUACAUAAAAUUACAUUAUUAUUUAAACAUUUUAUUCUACAUGUUUGUGACCCAUUCUGGGAUUAUUUUAUACCAGCUUAAUACUUGAAUGCAAAAUGGAUGAAAUUUGCCAUCAUCUCCUCAACAAAUAAUUUGUGAAUUUUGCUUGUUUAGUAUUUAUACAUGAAAUUGUAUCUAAAAUAUUAAGUCAGAUACAGACAUUGUAAUGGAAAAUGAGAAAAUUGACAGGUCUGUGGCUAUUACAUUUUAUCUCAACAAGGAUGGUAUGAUUCCACGUGGCUUAAUUUUCUAUGGAUAGGAAGUUUUUUCUUUCUUUCUUUCUGUUCUCUGUUAUUUUGUCAUGUGUAAAGUGCAUCAGAUUCUGGUUUAGUGGUAAACUUAACAGACUUUCAGUAUAACUAGGAGUUUAAUUGUGGGUUGUAGAAAUUACAGUGAAGAAACAAAAUGUGUUUGUUUUAUAUUUUUAACUCACAAUUGAUUUGAACUCCGUUUUUGAGAGCAAGAAACAUGUUAAUCUGCGAGGACUGCGAAGAAACUUACGUUAAGAAUGCAGCAGGAUUGUAUAUUAUAAUGAAUUUUGAAGUAAGUGUGGUGGUUACUGUUCUUACUUUUGUCAACACAUGCCUGUCAUGUUGGGGUACAGACUUUUGCAAAAUACCAGUCAUAUUGGAAUGGGGCAAAUUGUAGAUAUUUGAUGAAGACAUUGUGUUAAGUGUAUGUAAUUUCAUUAAAACAAGGUUUAGUGAAAAUA